UGGAGGACAGAGAGAUAGAGCUGGAGGAAAGAGAGAGAGAGCUGGAGGACAGAGAGAGAGAGCUGGAGGACAGAGCGAGAGAGCUGGAGGACAGAGCGAGAGAGCUGGAGGACAGAGUGAGAGAGCUGGAGGACAGAGUGAGAGAGCUGGAGGACAGAGUGAGAGAGCUGGAGGACAGAGUGAGAGAGCUGGAGGAACUACUCAGUGAAGCAUGCAGUGACUGUGACAUGAGAAACUUUUCCCUGGCUGAAGCUGAGGAGAGACACCAGAAGGUUAUGAAGACCAUCACUGAGUUGAUGGAGGAGAAGACUCACCUAGAACACCAGGUGGAGACACUGACCCACAUGGCGGAGGACUCAGAGAAGAUCUACGAUACCUGUUUGCAGUGGAGAAAGAGCGAGAAUUUAUCUUUGGCUCAAGCCGAGGAGAAACACCAGAAGACUGUAGAGAACAUCAGUCAGCUGGAGGAGGAGAAAUCUAACCUGAGAAACCAGGUGACGACAAUGAGAGACACAGUAACAGACUUGGGGUACAAACUCUAUGAGGCUCACCUGCAUCGUGACAAACUAAUCAAUAGACGUGAGACAGAGCGACAGGCUCACAGAAUCCUCCAGGUCGAGAACGAUGAGCUAAAGACAGCUCUGAUGUACAAGGAGGAGUUACUGAAGGUAUCUUUGUCUGAAGCUGAGGAGAAACACCAGAAGGCUGUGGAGAACAUCACUCAGCUGGAGGAGGAGAAAUCUGACCUGACAAACCAGGUGGAGACACUGAGAGACACAAUACAGGACAUGGAGGACAUGUUCUAUGAGGCUCAGGAGCAGUGUGAUGAGAUAAUAAGUUUUAAGGAGCGACAGGCUCACAGAAUCCUCCAGGUCGAGAACGACGAGUUAAAGACAACUCUGAUGCACAAGGAGGAGUUACUGAAGUUAUCUUUGGCUCAAGCCGAGGAGAAACACCAGAAGACUGUAGAGAACAUCAGUCAGCUGGAGGAGGAGAAAUCUAACCUGAGAAACCAGGUGACGACAAUGAGAGACACAGUAACAGACUUGGGGUACAAACUCUAUGAGGCUCACCUGCAUCGUGACAAACUAAUCAAUAGACGUGAGACAGAGCGACAGGCUCACAGAAUCCUCCAGGUCGAGAACGAUGAGCUAAAGACAGCUCUGAUGCACAAGGAGGAGUUACUGAAGGUAUCUUUGUCUGAAGCUGAGGAGAAACACCAGAAGGCUGUGGAGAACAUCACUCAGCUGGAGGAGGAGAAAUCUGACCUGACAAACCAGAAACCUGGCAAAUCUCUUGGAACCAAGGAGACAACAAACACUGAGACAGAAAGCAGUGUGAACAGAAGCAGAUCCUCCUCAGAAUCAGUGUGACGGGUCUAUGACAGGCUAAAAUAUGAAAAAACAAUUCAAGCUGGUCUUAAUGUAAAGGAAUGAA